AUGGAAUGCGAAGAUAAGGUAGAUAUAGUUCGAGAGUGGAAAUUAAAUUAUGGAUUAUUCUUGAAGGGCAAUGAUUUUAAACCAGCCGAAAAACCUAUACUUAACGAUGGCGAAGAAUUGUCUAUUAUAGAAUAUGACGGAGAGCCGUUAGUAUAUGUUAGCUUUAAACAUGUCAGAUCUUCGGGCGCUCAAACUACUGGAACGGAAGACCUCAAAUCUUCUUGGGAGUUACUGAAAGACACAUACAAUUUAGAGUUUCCUAAGGUCGUAGAGAGUGAAACUGUCUUUAACAUACCAGAAUCUGAUGCGUGUAUUUUAUUUCCAAUAGCCAAAGUCACCUACAAUGGAUCAUGUGAUAUUCCAAUAGAGUUCAAAUCGCAAUUAUCUUUGUUUCAAGAAUACGGUAAUUUUGUCGCUCGUAAAUUGCUUGUCGGAGGUAAGAUUUAUAUCCGGAAUUUUAUCAAUGCAAAAGGUACGCAAGUGAAUGAAUUAAAAGCACAUUUGAUGUGGGCGUUCGAGGCGUCACGCAUGUCGAGAGAGAAUUUAUUUGAAGGUGUUUCAAUAUCCCAUCUUCCGAUGAUUGAAACAGAUAAAGAAAUUCUUCAAACUCCCAAAAAGUUGAUGGAAUGGUUUAGGAGUUUAUAUGAAGAGAAUUUCGCAGAAAUAAUAUCUUAUGAGGAACUAACUCCAGUUCUCGGUUUAAUCACUGAAGCUCAUCAAGAUUCCUCCAUUAGUAAUUCGUUUAUUAAGAGGCUAAUACCAGGUUUAUCUCGACCGUUUAUGGAGGUUAAACUAUAUGAUUGGGCUAAAGACGCAACUGCAGCUAAUUUGCUCACGUGGAUAGAGAAAUUUAAAGUAUCUCACGGCAUAUUAAUCAACUCACAUGAUAUUUCAUUUAGUAAAGAAUGUAUCGUUGAUUUUACCCAAAAUAUUGACAUCUCUUCAAAAAAGGGGGAGUUAAAUGUACGUGUUGUGUGCCCAAAUACGGAUCUGGAUGAAUACCUUCUCAAUAACCGUAUUACUUAUUCUUUUAAUGACCCCGACGAAUUAUUUCUCAAUAAAGAUAACAUUUUUAGUAAAGUAAAUAGAAAUUCAGCUUCUAUCUCAAACAGAUCAACGAACAUUUAUUGUAUAUUUGAAUAUGAAGCGGUAGAAAUUAAUAUUCGAAAAGAAUUUUAUAAAGUGAAAGAUGAAUUCAUAAAGACGGUGAACAAAGCAUUAGACAGCAUGAGACCAUACCAAGCUCUUCAAGAUAUAUUCGGAAAAUUCGGACACCUUUGGCCGCAAAAGAUUAUAUUGGGUAAAAGAUUCUUUCAAAAAUAUAGUCGAAAAAUAAAUCCGGACAAAUAUCUACGCUCAGAGGGAAUGACAAUGAAAUCUCAGGAAGACAUUGAGAAUUUUUUUUUCGCAACACCCUCUGAUGGAUUCGAAGCAUGUUUUAUUAUCUAA